AACGCAAGCAUGGCCGCCAUUACCGAAAUGAUACAUCCGCGAACAUUCCACAUUUUUAGCUAAUUUUCUAAGAAAAGUGUUUUAACGAAUCGUAACAUUUUUCAUAUCUCCAAGUACUAAAAUCACUUAAGUUCACUGUAAAAUAUAUUAAAAUCGCAUAUAAUGCGUAAUGUAACUAAACAUCCGUAAAAAAUGUUGAGUAUCCACCUUGUUGAGUAAAUGGUUUCGACUUUAAGCAGGAUUUAACGCUAAACCUGAUUGGUGUAACGGACUAAAGAAUGCAGUUUCCUUUCACUUUGUAACGUUUCGUACGAUUGGUUCUUUUCUAGAAAUUUAGAUUAAAGGUAGACUACUCUAAUUCAAUUAUAUUAUUUAAUGUCAUUGACAAGGCAAAACACCAACAGUAACAGAAUGAGAUAUUUAAAGUAUUGAGUGUAGUAAUAAAUAAAUGUAACGGAAUGAAAACAUACAAAAAUAGGCUAUCAUAUAUAUUUUAUACGUGAUGAAAAUUAACAUUAAAAAUUGACUGAGAAUUGAAUGAGAUUGACAGUGACGUUAGUUAAAACGCAAAAGUCAAGUGAGUGUCAAGUCAAGUGAAUUAAAAUUGAGUGUUGUGACAACACUUAUUGUGUUGUGUAACUUUCUUUAGUUUUAGUCUUUAGAUCUGACUACUUACCACACUUUAACUUAACUUUAAGUUUAGUCAUACCACCAAUUAAACUGAAGGCCUACCACAACAAUCAUUACUAAUUUGGGUAUGACUAAUUACAUAAUUGAGAUUCAAACUAAUAUUAUUAGUAAACUGCAUUGUCAAGAAUAAACAAAUCUUAAUCAGAUGAUGAUGACAGUUCAUCAGUUCAGUAGUCAGUAGCCUACUCAGUAGGCUUCAGUACGCCUAAUUUUACAUUAUUUUACUGAGUGAGGUAACUUACUAGUCUAGAGUAGAUUCAUCAUCAUCAGUGGUGCUACAGCCCAUGUAGGGACCUGACCUGCUCCACCACAUCCUUCCUUUCGGAUCGAUCAAUAAAUGGCUUUGCCCCUCCAUGCGUGAACCCCCAACUGGUGUUAUCCUUCUCUACAUCGUCAAUCCAUCUCAGUCUUGGAUGACCUGUGAGCUGUCUGCCCCUAGGCUUCUGUCUGUAUAUCAAUAUUGCUGCUCUACAAUUCGGCAUCCUUUCAAUAUGUCCUGCCCAGCGCAGACUGCCUUUUUUAUUAUUGCAACUAUGGUUGGGUCUCUGUACAAUUGGUAUAGCUCUUGCUUUGUAUGGAUCCUCCAGACAAUAUCAUUGUCUAUCACUGGGCCAAAUAGUUUUCUCAAGGAUGUCCCUCCCAAGUUCUGGUGCUCUGAUUUUCUGGUAAAGGACCAAGUCUCACUAGCAUAAGUUAGUGGUGUAUAUUGUCUUCUUUGUUCCCUUUGAGAGGUUUUUGAUUCCCACACAGUAGCUUUUUUAGGCUGAAAUAGGGACGGUUGUUCACAGGGCUGAUGACCAACAAGUCAUGUAAAAAAAUCAAGUGUUAUGAAAGCUAAACCUCAUACUACUAGAUUACUAGUGACUUUUUAAUCUACUUUGUAUAACUGACGCAAAGAAUACUAAUGAUAGACUACAUUUUUGGCCUAACUUUUACUUUUACAACUGUACUCAUUAUUCAGGAAACUGAACUCUGAAAUGAAGAUGAAAAAAUUGACUUUUCUGAAAAACUUUGGUUGUAACUUAGUAAUUACUUAACUACUGCAGUUUGUCAUCCACGGCGCAUAAUCAAAUUUUAAAUUAUUAUUAUAGGCUUUUGAUAGUAGAAUUUAAUUAAAUGAAUGAGUAGUCCAAUUAAAUUAUAAUAUUUAGAACUUAGUCGGCUAAUAAUAAUUCUAAUUGUAAGGACCUCAGCCUACUUAAGUACCCAGUAAAAACAAGCAAUGUAAACUGUUAUUACUUAAUUUACUUUCAAGUCUAAUAUUAGCUUGAGAAAGUUAAUUAAGUUGCCUAGACUAUAUAAUUCAUGUCAUUAUCAUUGAUAGAUUAUUAAUACUUCAACAUGACUGAGAAAUGACAUAUGUUUUUUACCAUUUACAUUUUCACCCUAAGACUAAGGCCACUAAGGGAUUUAAAGUCCUACAUAAUAUAAAAAUUGAAUUUCUAAGGAAUAGAUACCAAAAAGUAUACAAAAUUAAAACAUAAGCCUUAAGAUACAAAAAAAAAAAAAAAAAAAGGACUUUUAAAUUAAUUAAAAAACGAAAGAGCCAAAUUCACUAUUUUGGUACCAGUACUCUCAUUAUUUCAUUUGAUUUUUGCCAUUUUUUUUUUGGUAAUGUUUAUUUUAAUGUAAAGGUUACUGUCUAAUUUAAGUUCUGCAAAGUACAGUCCAACAUUCAAUUACUAUCCAAUUUUAGUCCAGUUAGAUAAAAUUUUAUAUAUUUAGAACCAUUAAAUUACUGCAGUUUACAAGUAAAAUGUAAUCAUAUUUAAAUUGCAUUGUUCUGGAAAAUAAAAUUUAAUUGAUGCAUUGCUCUCUUUACAACUGUAACUUUUACUUCCGUUUUUCCUCCAGAUGGACAAGGUAGUUAAUAAAGCCUUGCAUUGUAGUUCCCGAAAACUUCUUUGGAAACAUGUGAUAAUACCAGCUUAUUACAGGCAUUUUUUACAACAGAGAUGUUUUAGAACUAAAUGCAGCAGAAACCUUUUGUCACAACUAACAACAAUCUAUUCUGGCUCUAUUUGCAGACAUAAUAUAACGUCAAAGGUAUUUGUUUAUUCUUGAUUUUGUUAAUGAAUUCACCAAUAAUUUAAUUAAAGAAAUUGAGAUUUUUUUUUUUUUUGGCCUAAUUAAGUGAAAUAAUUUUUAAAAAAUAUAUAUAUUUUUAUAUUUGUUUAUUUUUGAUUUUUUUAAUUUAUUCACCAAUAAUUUAAUUAAAGAAAUUGAGAUUUUUUUUUUUUUUUGGCCUAAUUAAGUGAAAUAAUUUUUAAAAAAUAUAUAUAUUUUUCUUAAUCUUUUUUUCAGCUUCCAAGCAGCAUAAAAGAACAGAUCAAAGCACUUUCUUCUUUGAUUCUGAGAUCUAAUUUGUUUUUGACCAAAAUGCAAAUACCGACAUCAUGUAUUGGUAAUAUGCUCAGCAGAUGAAAUUAACGUUAAGAUGGUAACCUCUUAUUUUAUGAAAUCAGUUAAUUUAUUAAAUUCCACUGAUUUCUGUUGUUUAAAAUUUUAAGAUUGAAACUGAGUCAAUCCAUGUAUGUUCUCCCAGACCCUUCUAUCAGACUGUAUACUUCAACUGAUAACCAGAAUCAAAACAAAUUUGAUAAGAAAGAUACGGAAACUGAUGGCAAAGAUAAAACUGGCAGACAUGAUGGAGAAAAACCUGAAGAUGAAGAGGAGGAAGAAGCUAGGAAAAAAAGUUUGUUCAACAAUUCUCAAAUUAGCUGCAAAUGAAAUCAAAUGUUGUAAAAAGAUCUUUGCCAAGUUAACUAAAUGUAGCUGUUUUUGAACAUGCAUACAUUUUUAAUUGAAAUUAUUUUCUUUCAUACCCAAAAAAUAUUUUUGUUGGUCUCUGAACAAUAUUUAGUUAUAUAAUAAUUUACAUUUUUCUGAAUGUGAAUCAUAGGCUACUAUAUAGAAGGUUAUUGACUAGAUUAGAUCCUUUAUUCCUGAUGUUGCUAUGAUUAGUACUAGGGUUAAAUUCAACUUGAUAGCAUUUUUUCAAGAAUGAGAUAUCAGGUCAGUGCUUCUAAAAGCACAUUGUCAAGGAUUGAUCAGAAGCAUAAUAUCUGCAUUAAAUGCCUUUCCUAUUUCAGUGGAGUUCAUGCGUUCUCUUUACACGUUUAUUACUGUUCUUGUGGUUGCAUGGAUUUUGACCCCAAGUACACGAGAGCAAGAUUCAUCUGUCAAAUACAUUUCAUGGAGCGAGUUUUACCAUAAUAUUUUAUUAAAAGGAGAGGUAAUUAUGUGAAAAUUGAUAGUAACAUAUAUAUAUUAUUUAUAUUAAUGAAUUAUUUUCCCAUCUGCACUUUUAUUUGAUAAUAUUUAAAAAAUAAAUAAGUAAAUAAUUUAAAAGAAAUGUAUAAUGCUCACAAUCAUUUUAUAAUUAUUUAAUUUCUUAUAUUUUAUUAAUUGUAUAAAAUAUUAUCAUUUUAAGUUAUACACAAAUUUUAAUUAUCUUCUCCUUAAAUUAAAUCAUUAACUCCUAUAAAGUAAAAAAGCAAUAUGUCACAUUUAAACCCAUUGAAUGAGUGUUGUUGUUAUUAUUAUUAUUAUAAAUAAUAUGUUUUUCUGCAUUUUUAUAUUUUUUUCAGGUUAAAAGCAUUUAUUUACACUUCUCGAAAGAAGAGGGUGGUGAGGACAUUGCUGUUAUAGAAGUUCAUGAAGGGGCCAUAAUAAAAGGCCAGGUAAUUAUCCAUGUGAAUGUUCAGUUGAUUAAUUAUGAAAUUUGGUUGUCAAGUUGUGGCACAGUUAACACGUGACUGAUCGUGUUACUUAUUUAGUGAUUUUUUGUUUGAUGGUUGUAAAAAAAAAUUCUUAAAUUUCAGAGACAGAGUUAUUACAUUUAAAAAUACACAAAAGAAGUUAGUGAUAUACAUUUCACAAACCCAUUGAAUUUUCAAUUUUCCUUUUGAAAAAAAAAAAAAAAUAUUAACGGUUGAUAUGCUGAAAUCAAAUUUCUAAACUUUUCAAUUUAAAAUAGCAUAAUAUUGUUUUUGGAGAUAAUCACAACUAUUAAUAAAUAUUUCAGUUAGCCCAUGGUCGAUAUGUGAUAAAAAUUCCUAAAGGUUUCAACUUUGAGGAGAAAAUUAGACAAGUGGAAGAUGAACUGGGCAUGCCUCUCAAGGAGAGAAUACCUAUCAAAUAUGGCUACCCUAAGUAGGCUAUUUAAUUAAUUUAAUUUCGACCUCUAAACAUUGUUAAGCCCUAACCCUAACUUUAACCCUAACCCUAACUUUAGUCCUUAAUAUAAUUUAAACCCCCUAGGCCUAACUAUUCACCCUAAGCUUAACUUACCCCUAACACUACUACCCUAAGUAGGCUAUUUAAUUAAUUUAAUUUCGACCUCUAAACAUUGUUAAGCCCCCCCCCCCCCCGCCCACCCCACCCCUUCCCACUCACAGACACAUAUGCUUCAAUGAUAAAUAUCUGUUCAGUAUAUAACAAUCUUGAAAAUUACAAAAAGAUUAUCUGUUACUGUUCUGGAUCAAACUCAUUUAUCUCCCUUUUUCUUUUUAAACCCUCUAACAUUUUUAGUAUUUUAUCAGAUUUUUCAUUAAAUAUUGAAAAGAAAAAAUGAUUUUCUUCAGCUCAUGGGUGAUGCUAGUGAUGCAGCUUGCAGUAGGGCUUGUACUCUUUUUCUUCAUUCGUCAAGUUUUCAACUCUUUCAUGAAAGGAAAAGAUGGCAGCAUGACAGACAUGAUGGAUAUUUUCUCUGUAAGUGUUCUCUGACAAAUAGUAAUUUUUUUCAAGGAGUUGUUGAAUAUUUUUCUAUUAGUGUUACCCACAUCAUCAAUUAUGAACUAUUUUAAUAAUUUGCAUUAUUUAAAAAAAUUUCAACAAGUCUUUUUCAAUCAUAAAUAAUGUUACAAUAUAUCUAUACUUUUUUUAAUCACGUUUUUAAAAGUUAAAUAACAGAUCAAGCUAUAAUUUAUGAAUGAUUAGUAUAUGAUAGGUUCUUUUUUUGUAAUAAAUUACAUUUUUAGGCAAUUAUUUCUGCAAUAAAUCUUUUAAAAUUAGCAUUUAGUUUGCAAUGAAGGUGGAAAGAAUACAAUAUUAUAAGUGGAAGCAGAUAUACUUAAUUACUGUUUUCACAAAAUGAACAAAAUUAAUGUGUAAGAGUUACAAAAUUUAGCAUUUUGUUUGAUGUAUAUUUACUUUCAUCAAGGGUGGCAUCCGACAAGCGAAGUUCACUAGAGUGGAUAUCGCAUCCAAAGGUUCUAAAGCUGUUAGUUUUAAGGAUGUGGCUGGAUUGAAGGAGGCCAAGGUGGAAAUUAUGGAGUUUGUUGACUACUUGACUAACACACAAAAAUUCAAGGUAACUUAAAGUUUUUAGGUCAGACAAAUGCCAUCAACAUACCCAGUGAUUGUGAAGGAAAGUGUGAUACAUUUAAGAAAUUUAAUUAUACAUUCAUGUUUAAGUUUAUACAUUAAAAAAAAAUUUAACCUCUUUGUGUACAGAAUCUUGGUGCCAAAACUCCAAGAGGUGCUCUAUUAUUAGGCCCACCAGGUUGUGGUAAAACUUUGCUUGCAAGGGCCCUGGCUACAGAGGCAAAAGUUCCAUUCUUAGCCAUGGCAGGCUCUGAGUUUGUGGAAAUGAUUGGGGGUAAGUUUUACAUAUAAAUAAAUAUAACUUUUAUCAUGCUGCCAAAAAAGAACUUGGGGGACCCAAUGUAAACUAAUUUUUUUUCCAAUUACCUGGGGUGAAAUCUUUCACUUCACACAGUUGCAUGCAUCACUGUGGGUGGGGUGGGGGGAUAGUGGAAUACACUGUGUGACACUAUCUCAAGGUGGUGAAACCAUAUAUAAAAUUGCAAAUUUGACAGAGCUUACUUUAGUUGGUUUCAUAAAAGUCCCCAAAACAAGGUUCCACCAGAGCAGUCAGGCUUUGAUGAUGUCCUUAGGGAUGUCUGAAGGGGGUGACACCAACAGUCUACCGCAGGGGUGACACCAAGACUAGUGACGCCACUAACUAGACAUUAUUGGUUUGUUCUUAAUAGGAGUUGGUGCAGCCAGAGUGAGGAACUUGUUUAAAGAAGCCAGAAACAAAGCCCCAUGUAUCAUAUACAUUGAUGAGAUUGAUGCCAUUGGUCGCAGUAGGGGCGGGUCAGUAAACUUUGCUCAAACUCCACAACUAAUUCUUAAAUUUUUAAAUUUCCAUGUCAUUUUGAUAGAAAUAUAUAUAUAUAUAUAUGUCUGUAUAUAAAUCAAUAUAAUUCGAGGUGAAAAAGAACACAUCUUCUUGAGAACAAAAUUAUGUGAGUUUUCAUUUAUAUUCCACUGAACAGACAGUGAAAGUUACAAAUCAUCCUCACAUUAUACUUUAUUAUUUUGAUGCCACAGUUCUGCUAGUGUUGGAGGUGAAGAUGAACACACACUCAAUCAGCUGCUUGUUGAAAUGGAUGGCAUCAACACCCAGGAAGGUGUCAUCAUGCUGGCUGCCACCAACAGAGCAGACAUACUGGACAAGGUCUGUUAAUCUUUGACAGUGGACUGCAUUACAUUAUCAUCAUCCUGACCUGUGCAAUGUUUGUCCUUAGCUGAAAGGAUACACUGGUUAAUGAGUUGAUUAUUCCUUUCAAUAUCGUAGCACCCAUGAAGAAAUUACCUUCAUUACCAAGCAAAAUGAAUUAACACUAUUUUGACCAUAAGUUGCUGAAUUAAAUUUUAAAAAUUUAAAAUCAACCUUUCAUCCAGUCAUAAAAAAAUUGCUUCAAUGUCAGUUGAAUGCAAUCGUUUAGACCAGUUGGAUCUAUAAAAAUUGUCUUCAUCUUCUGACUCAUCUGGGAUAUCAAAAUGUUGAACUAAUUCAAUAUCAACAACUUUUAUUUCCAUUAUCUACUUCUGCAACUAUUUCUACAUCAAAUUCAUUAUUGUCAACACUAACAGCAGACGUAAUUGCAGUUUGAAGCUUUGUAAAUGGGCAAAUGCCAUUAACUAUAGAUCUACUGUCAACAAAGCAUUAUUGUAAAAAUUUCCAAACUAGUGUAAAAUCAAGCGCACAGCAAAACAAAACAAGAGCCUGGCACUUCCUGUUUAUAAAUGCCCUCUCCAUAACUCUGUAAGAAGAAGAGUUAGCUUCAAGUGGCAAUAUUGAACGUGGCAUGUUGUUUACAGCGGGAUUAGGCUGUAAUGCUGCAAAUGCAUAAGGGCCGGAGAGCCGCAACGUGGCUGAAAGGGAUUAAAUUGAAGCGCAUUUGUAUUUACAAUAUAAACCAUUGAAUUUUAUGCCUAACAGGAGUAAUAAUACGCAAGUUGUAUCCCUAGCACAUGAACUGUGUAUUAAAUUUUAUUAUAAACUUUUUAUUGUUUUAACAUCGUUUUUUGUACAUUUAUCCAUUUAGGCUCUGCUCCGCCCAGGCCGUUUUGACCGUCACAUAAUGAUUGACCUCCCCACCAUGAUAGAGAGGGAAGAAAUCUUCACGGUUUACUUAAACAAGCUGAAGCUGGCUCAACCAGCUGAAACUUAUGCUAGAACUCUCUCUCGCCUCACACCAGGCAUGAGUGGUAAGUUUUUUUUUUUUUUUUUGCAAGACGGGAAUAGGUGUAGGUAAGAAUUUAUGUGUCUCAAAUAUAUAAUAAUCAGUGACUCUUGCUUUCCUGAUCAACUUGAUGCCACAAUCCUUCGCAUACAGGAGUGCGUGGACGAUGUAAAGCGUUGGAUGACUUGCAACAAACUGAAGCUAAAUGAGGAUAAAACGGAAAUUCUUCUCAUCCACUCUCAAAACAAACCUCUCCCUCCAUUCGCUCCUUCUUCUAUAUCUAUUGGCAACUCUGACAUCACACUCUCUCCCUCUGCCAGAAACCUUGGAGUCACGCAAACAUGUCACGAAUAUAUGCAGAUCAGCAUAUAACGAAAUUAGAAAAAUCAGCACCAUUAGACAACUCCUCUCCUUUGAUGCCACAAAAACUCUCGUCUCUUCACUCAUUCUUUCAAAAUUUGACUACUGUAACACUCUUCUCGCAGGCAUUCCUCAACACCACAUAGACAAACUUCAGAAGGCACAGAACUCAGCAUGCAGACUCAUUUUUAAAUCAAAGAAACAUGAUCACAUUCAACCACACAUGCGGCAACUCCACUGGCUUCCAAUAUCCUCUCGCAUCAAAUACAAGUCUGCCAAUCUUUGCUUCAACUCGUUCACUGACCCUCACUUUCCUGUCUAUCUCUCUGAACUGUUGCUUCCUUACAUCCCCACAAGACAACUACGUUCUUCCAUUGACAGUAGAACCCUCUCAAUCCCAAGAACUAAAACUAAGACCAUCGGUGAACGCUCCUUCUGCUUCCAUGGGCCCACGUUCUGGAACCAGCUCCCCUUCCAUAUACGUCAUAGUGAAACCUCGUCCAUUUUCAAAAAGUCCCUUAAAACUCAUCUGUUUAGGUCCGCCUAUGACCUGUGAUGCACCCUCCUUGCCCUACCUCAUUUUCUGUUUCGGGUUGAUCCUGAAGUGUCAAAGUGUCCCCGUUUUAUAGCCAUUUUCAUUGUUUCUAUAGUAUAGUAGUUACUAUCCUAGUGUGUCAUUUUUAUUUGCUUAGUUUACAUGUUUUAAUAAUUGUAAAGCGCUUAGAGCUUUAUGGUAAGCGCUAUAUAAAAAUGCCUAAAUAAAUAAUAAUAAUAAAGUUUAUUUGAAAAACACGCUUCAUCCCCAAAAGCUCGAAGCGCUGUACAAAGUCAACCAUAUUAAAAAGAGAAAUAAAAACAAUCUAAAAUAUACCACAUCUAAAAACAGACGCAAAAAUAUAAAGCUACAUACGAGCAUACCCAGUCAAAGUCUUUCAUCCCGUUUCAACCAUAAGCAACACAAGCCAAUAUACAUUAACUGAAAAAGAUGGUAGAUAGCAUCACCCCAGAAGGUUUUUGCGAAAUAGAUGUGUUUUUAAAUCGGUUUUAAAGGACUCCAGUGUCUGGCUGUUUCUGAGAGCGACUGGAAGUGCGUUCCAAAUUGUUGGGCCGGCAAAUGCAAAAAUGCGCUUUCCGAAAGUCUCAAGGCGAACACACGUAUCUAUAUUUUGCCACUAUCGGAUGAGCGGAGCUCUCCUAUGGGUACAUAAGGCGUCAUGAGCGCUUUGAGAUAAGAUGGCGCCAGGUCAUGUAAUCAGCGGUAGCACAAAGUUGCAAUUUUGUACUCUAUGUGAGCGCGGACCGGCAGCCAGUGCAGCUCCUCCCUCAGAAGUGUUUUAGCGUGGGCGAAUUUGCGUUAGCGAAGAACAAUGCGAGCCGCAUUAUUCUGUGCUCUUUGAAGUUUAUCCAGGAGCGUAGCUGGGAGACCCACCAUGAGAGCAUUGCAGUAGUCCAUGCGUGAUAACACAAAUGCAGACAUCAGCCACUUUGAUGCAUCUAAUGUUAAGUAAGGUCUGAUGUGACUAAUCCUGAGCAGCUCUAGGAAAAUUGCCUUGCAAAGCAUGUUAAUAUGAUUUUCCAUAGUAAGCGUUCUGUCUAAAUAGACACCCAGGUCUCGCACUGUAUGAGCAAACUCAAUCUGCAUACCUGAGAGACUAAGUGAUGUUGUGUGUUUUACAGAUUUUUGUUUCUGAGCAGUGGCAAUGGGAAUCAGCUCAGUCUUUUCAUCAUUCAAUUUGAGCUUGUUUAUGGUUAUCCAGUGCUUAACUGACUCCACUGUCUCUGUGUCAUACUAAGAAGUUGAGGGAACUGAGAUGGGAUCACGGAUUGAUGAAGUUGUGUAUCGUCCGCGAACAUGUGAUACAGCAUGUCAAAUUGCUUGAUCACUGCACCCAGUGGCUGAACGUACAAAGUGAAAAGCAUCAAAAUACUGAUAAAUGUUUAAUGUUUGAGUUUCAACCAAAAUGUUAUUAUCUUUUAUCAUGAAACUCUAAGAUAAGAUAAGAUUUUUUUUAUUGAUCCUAAUAAAUGGAAAUCUGUUUUCUUACAUUCAUCGUGCAUAAUUUUUCAGUACUGAAAUGCUUGUUUUGAGUUUUUCGUUGUUCCUUAAAAUUGGUCUGUAGCAAGACAUUUGGCGUGUAAUUGUGCGGUAAGAAAAACUGUUGGGUUCUGGAGUGAGAACAGAGUCUUGGAUUUUUGUUUGAACAGAGUUUUUCCUCUCCAAGAUCAGGGGCAUACCUUUUGUCUCUAGCUGGUGAAGUGCAAAUUGCUGAAAGUACAAAGUGAAAAGCAUCAAAAUACUGGUAAAUGUUUAAUGUUUGAGUUUCAACCAAAAUGUUAUUAUCUUUUAUCAUGAAACUCUAAGAUAAGAUAAGAUUUUUUUUAUUGAUCCUAAUAAAUGGAAAUUUGUUUUCUUACAUUCAUCGUGCAUAAUUUUUUCAGUACUGAAAUGCUUGUUUUGAGUUUUUCGUUGUUCCUUAAAAUUGGUCUGUAGCAAGACAUUUGGCGUGUAAUUGUGCGGUAAGAAAAACUGUUGGGUUCUGGAGUGAGAACAGAGUCUUGGAUUUUUGUUUGAACAGAGUUUUUCUUCUCCAAGAUCAGGGGCAUACCUUUUGUCUCUAGCUGGUGAAGUGCAAAUUGCUGAAAGUUAUGCAGGAAUAAUUUUCAAGUUUUUACAUGAGGCUUGUACUUGUAUGUGGACAAUGUAUAUUGAUCAAAGUCAUUGACUUUAAAUUAGCCAAUAUAACAAAUUAUUCCAAAUACUUAGAUAGCCCUUUAGAAAAGAAUUGAUUCCAUUGCAUUCUAGAUUGUUUUUAGGGUGACUUUUGUACGAAUGGCAUGAGACCUUCUUAUAUAUUUGUCUAAUAAUUAUCUAAGAUUUUUUUGUUAACGCACAGAAGAAAGUCAUCUACUAAAAAUGUUACUAUGAGAACUUUGUAUGAAAUCUAAUCUUAACACUUUUUAAAUUAAAGUAGAACCCGGUUAUGUCGACAGCCUCAGGGUUUGCAAAAAAGCGUUGAGAUAAUCGAUGAUUGAGAUAACUGAAAACCAAUAUGGCGGCAAUAUAUUAACAUGUGCUUGAAAUUUCUUUAUGUACAUGAUGUGCGUUAAUAAAUGCAGAUACUUAAAUUUAAAAAAAAAAAUAUUUUAAAUAUUACAGUUAUUUAGAGCAAAUUUCAAAUUUAAAAAAUGAAAUCAGAAUCAACUUUUUAACUUUAGUAAUUUUUGAGCUACGAAUUUUUAAAGUGCGAGUUCGUUUGGUAUUUUCUAAUAUGAAGCCUCCACAUUUUGUGACCUCAUUCUGCUGAUCGGGUCUUGUGCAAUGACUAUAUAGUUUAAAUAAGGCAACGCAUCCCCUUAUUUCUAAAAUAUUAUUUAGUGACUACUUAUUUUAAACUUUCAAAUUUGGCACAUGACUAUUUAAUUAAAGCUUUCCCUGACCAAUGGUUCAAUAGCUUUUGCACAUGGCAAACUCUUAUGAAUGAAACUCUUGACGUAGUACCACGGCAUAGCCAUUGUGCAAGUGACCGUGAAUGGCUGCCCAUGACAACGUUUUGCACACGACAAAUUAUGAUAAUUUAUAAUAGACUAUCCCGGGUUUUCAAACCUCUAAUUAAAACAUAUUUAAAUUACUUCUAGGUUCAUUCUAAAACACAAGUCCUGUAUUUUGAGAAAUAAAUAAUUUUUUUUAAUUAUGAAAAACUUGUUUAUUUGUUGUUUGGUAUUUCUUCUUGCGAAGUUCAAAAGCCGGCGAUUGGUCAUGGGGAUCGAGAUAACAGAGGUUAAGUGGCAAAUUUGGCCGCCUUUUGGGCUCGAGGUAUCAGGGUUCGGCGACAUAAAAGAAUCAACAUAACUGAGGAGAGAAUGCUAAGACAAAGAGAGAAUUUGGCGGUUCCACUUCAUAAAUGUCGACAUAACAUGGCUGGUGAGUUAACCCAGGUCGAGAUAAGCGGGUUGGACUGUACUAAAAAAUUUGGUAUAAAAACUGUUGAUUUAUUUUCCAGGCGCUGACAUUGGUAAUAUUUGUAAUGAGGCUGCCAUACAUGCUGCCCGAGAGAAGAGUCCAGUGGUUGACAAAAAAGAUUUUGAAUAUGCUGUAGAAAGAGUCAUAGCUGGUUAGUGUUUUUGUUGAGUCUUGUUAAGUGAUCUUUAAACGAAACAAAAAAAAAAGUUUUGGCAGCAAUAAUAGGAAUCUCUGUGAAAUAAACAAGAGUUUAAAAAAAAAGUCAUUUGUUUUCAACAGUUUUCUCAGUUUCUAAGAACCAAGAUGCAAGUUAUUUUGAUUUUUAUCUCUUCAUAUUCUUAAAAUUUACCCUACAUCUAAUAUAGGAAAUACUGCACUCUUUUUGAGCUAAUGUUGAAUUGUCCUUGUUCUUAUAAAAGUCUGAAUUUUAAAUUUUAAGGUGUGGAAAAAAAAACUCGCCUACUAUCACCUACAGAAAAGAAGGUGGUUGCUUACCAUGAAUCUGGCCAUGCCCUUGUCGGUUGGAUGCUUAAAUAUACUGAUGCCCUGCUUCGGGUAUGGAUAGCUUCUUAUUGAAAAAUGUGCACAACACCAUGAUUUUUUCCAGCCUGGUCGAUAAAUAAAAUUAAAUAGAAAAUAUUUACUAGCUUAUACUAAUUAUUGACCAGUGAUUUUUAAACUUAAUAUAAGUUUGGACUCGUAAAACAAAAAAUUGAAAAAAAUGAUGAGUAUAAAUUAAGAAAAUUUGUACUAGAUAUAGCCCGCCAAACAUUGGCCACAGCAAUGCGUGAACUUCCUAUCUACUAAAGUUACUUGACAAAACAUGAACUCAAGUAAUGCACAUUUAAGAAUCUCAAUUUUUGCUAUACCCCUUCCCUCCAUGAUACGUCACUGCACACUUUUUAUUUCACGCCCAUGAACUGUAUUAAAUAUUCUGAUGUCCCAACCUCUUUUUAACCAAAUAUUUUGUCACCAUACUUUAAUUGAGACGAUUUCAUUUUCUUAAAAGACAAUAUUACGCACCAAACGCAGUUGCGUUAUUAAAAAAAAAUAUAUCAUUUAGCGAAGUUAUCGUGAAUUAUAUUUUGCAUGCUAUUGAACUCAUUAUUGAACCAUACUUUCUUUCAAAACAUUUAGAAUUAUUUGUAAUAUACUCUCAAUACCGAAUUCCCCGAUUAGGAAGCAGUCUAUCAGGAAGCAGAUCAUGAGUCACACCAGAAGCUAAUAUAUAUAAGAGAUACUAUAGCUUAUUAUUUAUACAAUGCAAAACAUUUUUAACUUUUGAGACGGUAAUUAAAGUUAAGAAAUGCAGAACAGGUACAAAAAUUCUGCAGAACUGUAAUUAAAAACCAUGAUCAUGUGCUUUUAUCCUCACAUUGUAACUUCCGUUUUUUAAAUAUCUAUGUAAGAAUGAAAGGCAGAGUGAACAGUGACUAGAGUAUGCAGUUAAUUAAUUUUUUAAACGAUAUCUCUGUAUUCAUGAGCAAUAUAACCUGACACGCUUACCAUGUGCUGUAAAGAAUCUGUUAUAAAGCUUACUUUAACUUCAGUAAGGUAAACAUUCCAAAUUUGCCUUAAGGCAAAGGAUUGUCAAUAAAAAUGUUUUCUGUUUUUUUUCCUUCAGAUUUCCAUUAUACCACGAACCAACAGUGCCUUGGGGUUUGCUCAGUACUUGCCAUCUGACCAGAAACUUUAUACUCAGGAAGAGGUAAGUGGUGUUGGUGGUGGGUGAGGGUAGGUGAUAUUAAAAUGUUGUGCACAAAUUUCAAACAAUAAAUAAAGGUGUUUGGAAAUAGUGACUACCUCUUUAUUAUCUUGGUCACAGCCAAGCAUGAGAAUCCCAUUUCUAAUUUAUGAAACAUCUGAGUCUUAAAUCAAGCUUCAUUUCAUGAAGGCUGGAAUUAUAAAAUUAUUAAAACAUUUUAUUUUUUUUUAAAGAUUCAUUAUUAAAAGAAUCCAUUGUAAACAAUGUUGCCAGAGAGCUUUUUCAUCAAAAUGCUGACGACCUAGUUGGAUACUUUGGAGAAAAUUAAACUUUCCCUCACUUAAACUUUGACUCACCUUAUGUGUCACGACCAAUUUUAAAACAACUUCAUCCAAUAUGACCUAACAUGAAAAAUCUGUUCAGUCCAGGUUUAACUGAAGUUCUAUUUAUAAAUAUUGUGUACAUUUCUUUUUCAGCUGUUUGAGAGAAUGUGCAUGGCCUUGGGAGGUCGAGCUGCUGAGAGUUUGAUAUUUAACCAUGUUUCCACUGGUAUGUAGAAGAGCAGUAGUUUUACGGAAAGCUUAAGAAUGCUUUUAAGGGUCUCCUCCUGGGGACAUUUUGAUUUCUUUCGGCACACUGGUUGCGGAGCUCUGAUGAAUAGGUCACGUUUGAUAAAAAUUUACAUUUGCAUUAGCAAAUCCUCUGAUUUCAGAAUUGUAUUUUAAGGCAGUUUUGUGUAAUUGUAGGCCCUGUUAAGCAGAUGUUUGAAUGACUCUAAUAUGAUCUUCCAGUCACUAGCAUAUGAAAGGGGAAAAGAAGGCAUGUGCACAAAUGUACAUUGAUAAUAUAAAGUAUCUGGAUUAUAAUUGUCUGCACCUAACAGUUAAACAAUUAACAACUCUUGGAUAUGUAUAAAUAAUAAAUUUUUGUUUAAAGGUGCUCAUGAUGACCUUCAAAGGGUGACAAGGAUGGCUUAUGACCAGAUCCGUUCCUUUGGUAUGAACGCUAGAGUUGGCCAACUGUCCUUCCCAUCUGAUGAAGAAACACCAGGCCAGAAGCCUUACAGUCAGCGGCUGGCCGCCACCAUCGAUGAAGUGAGUAGUUCCAUUGAGACUUUUCAUCAUCACUUUCUAAAGAAUGGGAAGAAAUUUUUCUGGCAUCACCCAUAGUCACUGUUAUAAAUAUUUUUUCUCUGUAUUAAAAUUCAAGUACAUCUCAAAUACCAUUGAUAAUUUAAGAAAAAUAGAUGGAGCAAUCUUCUCCACUACAAAAUGUCUCUGCAUUUUUCUGUAUGUUUCAUUCUGUUUAGUAAAUACCUGAAAAAAAUGAACUUUAAAAAUUUUGUUUUGUCUAGAAAUAAAUGAGCAUUGAAUGAUUCAGGGAUUGCAAAGAUUUAUGUCAAUUCUUUAGCUGUUCUCAAAUAUUUAUAGCAAGGUUGAAGUGUUCGAGAGCAUUAGACCUCAAUAUCAGGUUUAAAAAAAAAUAAUUGAAGACCAGUUCAUAAAUUUCUCUCAAUCUCUUUUCAUCAUAACGUAAGCUAUUUUAGUUUUUGCUGAAGAAGGCUUUUUUCUGACACGAUUAUUGGUUUGUUUAGUCUUUUUUCAGGUUUUCUCCUACCUUAUGCUACUUAUGUCCUCUUGCCUAAACUGAUAGCAGUUCCCCCCUCCCCCGGCUAUUAUCCUGUAUAAAUACUUGUAACUUCACUACUUGUAACUUCAGUGGAGAAGACAUACCUUAAAGGCAAUAUAUAUAUAAUAAUAAUAUAAUAUGUAAGGUAAAAAUUGACGGCACAUCAGGAGUUACAUUUUUUUUUUAAUAUAGCUCAUAACAUAGUUAUAAUCAUAAUCAUAACACAUUUCUGAAUGAUUUAUUCAGGAAGCCAGGCUGCUGAUUGCUAAGGCCUUCCUCCACACUCAGUCAGUCUUGCAGAACAACAAAGAGAAGUUACACCAGGUAAAAGAAAUUUGUUUUGUUGUCAUUGGAGUGAUUGUUGAGUUAUUGGGGGCUUGAGUUGUUGGAAAGUUCAUGCUGUUUAAUAUACAAAUUUAAAUAUUCUGAAGUGUUGGCAUCACUAUUAAUAGACGGCAGUGGGCAAAAAAGCUUUACAUUUGCAUCAGUUUCCACACUAAACAAUAAUAAAUGAAAAGCAUAGCUGCAGGGUUUAAAUAAUGACUAUAUUUCUAUUUCAAUCUAUUUAUCCAAUAGUGUGGUGGUUUCUAACUUGUACUUCUUGAAGCCCUGGGCUCUUAGUGCACUUCUCAGGGGCUCCAUGGAUAUAAAAUAAAUAAAAACUGAAUAAAUCUUGAAAGACAUUGGUGGAGCAUAAGGGGCUCCCCCAUAGAUUUUUAAAAGGGCUCUGCUAGACUAAAAUUAUGGGAACCACUGCAGUAGAACAUUCACAAUCUAAUAAUAAUAAUAAAGUUCAUUUCAAAAACACGCUUCAUCCCCAAAGGCUCGAAGUGCGGUACAAAGUCAACAAAAAACAUAUCUAUAAUUUACCACAUUUAAAACAAACGCAACACUACAAAAACUAAUUACAAGCAUACAAUCUCAAAGUCUUUCUAGCCAUUUCAACCCGGAGCAACACAGAGGUACAAAGUCAACAAAAAACAUAUCUAUAAUUUACCACAUUUAAAACAAACGCAACACUACAAAAACUAAUUACAAGCAUACAAUCUCAAAGUCUUUCUAGCCAUUUCAACCCGGAGCAACACAGCCAUUAUUCAUUAACUGGAAAAUAAGGUAGACAAUCAUCCCAGAAGGUAUUUGCGAAAUAGAUGUGUCUUUAGAUCGGUUUUAAAGGACUCCAGUGUCUGGUUGUUUCUAAGAUCGACAGGAAGGGCGUUCCAAAUUGUUGGACCAGCAAAUGCGAAAGUGCGCUUUCUGUAAGUCUCAAGGCAAACACGUGGUGUCGAGAGUUUGCCACUAUCGGAUGAGCGGAGCUCUCUACUGGGUACAUAAGGCGUCAGCAGCUCUUUCAGAUAGGACGGCGCCAGGUCAUGUAAGCAGCAGUAGCACAAAGUUGCGAUCUUGUACUCUAUGCGAGCACGCAAAGGCAGCCAAUGCAACUCUCUCAGAAGUGUUUUUGCAUGGUCGAAUUUGCGUUUGCGGAGAACUAUGCGAGCCGCAUUAUUCUGUGCUAUUUGAAUUUUAUCCAGGAGCGUAACUGGAAGACCCACCAUGAGAGCAUUGCAAUAGUCCAUGCGUGAUAGCACAAAUGCAGACAUCAGCCUCUUUGUUGUAUCAAUUGUUAGGAAGGGCCUGAUUUGACUAAUCCUGCACAGCUCCAGAAAAAUCGCCCUGCAUAGCAUGUUAAUAUGACUUUCAAAAGUUAGUCUUCUAUCUAGGUAGACACCCAGGUACCGCACUGUUUGAGCUAACUCAAUACGCACACCUGAGAGAGUAAUGGAUGUCGUGUUAUUUGCAGAUUUCUGCUUCUGAGCGGUCGCAAUGGGGAGCAGCUCAGUCUUAUCAUCAUUUAAUUUGAGCUUGUUAAUGGUCAUCCAGUGCUUAACCGACUCCAUUGUCUUCUGUGUAAUACUGAGCAGCUGAGGGAACUGAGAAGUGAUCACGGAUUGAUGAAGUUGUGUAUCGUCCGCGAACAUGUGAUACAACAUGUCAAACUGCCUGAUCUCUGCACCCAGGGGCUGAAUGUACAUCGUGAAAAGCAUCGGGCCUAGGACCGAGCCCUGUGGUACUCCGAAUUCGAGAUUAGAUUUCUUCGAGGUCAAGCCGUUUGAAAUAACUGACUGGACCCAAUUAGUCAGAUAAGAUCGGAACCAACACAGGACGGUAUCAGUGAGACCGAACGUUUGUAUCGAAAGCUGAACAAUCUAAGCAGAAACUGUUAAGUUGGAACUCUAAAAAAUAUUCUUGCGUUGAAUUCUUAUUUUUUCCUUCAUACAGGGCUGAAUUCUACGGAUUCAUUCAUUGAUUGAAAUAUCGCAUCUUACCUGUAACUAAUUUUUUUCAUUGUUUCAGCUUGCUACAACACUGAUAGAAAAAGAAGUCUUAACCUAUGAAGAGAUUGAGAAGCUCAUAGGUCCCCCUGUCCAUGGUAAAAAAAAUAUCAUUGAACCCCAUGGAUGGGAAGGGAUAAUGCCUGAGGUUAACAAUGGGAAUAAGAACAAAGGUUGAGGUCAUCUCCUGAAGAUUUUAUGGAACAUCAUCAAGUCAUUUGUAUUUUUUCCAUCUGCUCUUUCGGACAGUGUAAAAUUUUAUAGACCUAGAAGAUUUCAUGAAUAUGACAAAAGAUUUGAAGUGGCAUUCAUAAAAAGAAUUGUUGAAAUUAAUUUGUAGCAUUAGAAUAUUAUUUAAAAUGAUUUAAAUUUAACUAUAAUUAUGUGCUAUUCUAAUUCUAAGUGACAGAAAAAUUGUAUAUUUUGCAGGCAUUAUAAACUUUUCAAGGUAGCACAAAUCAAAAUCUGCACAAUUUAUGAAUCAGUGAAAAUAUCAACGGUCAAGCUAUCAUAACAUUAAAUUUUAGAAAAGUGAAGAAGUGCUAAAAAAUGAAUUGCUGUGCCCAUCAUGUGGUCAUAGAGAAGUUAUCAACCAAGUGAAUGUUGGAAAAGGGUUUGCCUUCAUUGUUAUUUUUGUGCACAUGAAAGAUGGUGUAGAGUUCAGCACCUUUUGAAUGAAAAUUAACCAAUAAAGAUCACUUUCUGUAGUGAAUUUUUAAAAAAACAAACAUGAUUUGUUUGUUUCUUGUGUUGACAUCAUGUUAAAAAACAAAUUAAAUAUCAUCACGGUUUGAGAAAAUGUAAGUUUUAAGCAUACUGGACUUAUUAUUAAUGACUUAACUAUCACCAGAGGAAUAUGUUUGAACUAACCAGUGCUAUAAAUUGCAGGUUAAAAGUUAAUGUUAUCAAUAGAAGCAGGUCUGUAUGUGGGCUCACCUGUUGGAUUUUGUAAUGAUUCCUAUUACCGGUAUAUGAAAUCUUAAUAAUUAAGCUAGGGAAAAGCACAAUCAUUCCCUCCAAAUACUUUUAGUAAGGAUUGAUAUUUCUUUAACUUAUGUCAAUACUUAAAAUUCACAUUCGGAAUUAUUUGACAAAAUGAAACAUUCAAAAUUAUUUGACAAAAUGAAACAUUCACAAUUAUUUGACCAAACAACACAUUCACAAAUGUAAGGUGAAGAAAUGCAAACUUUUAUUUGAAAUUUAUAUGGCAUCAUUUAAAAAAAAAUACAAAAGCAUUCUCAGAAUUAAAAAAGAAAAAAGGCAUUAAGUAUAUAGAUAUGUCCCAAAAAAGUUUGAAUUAAAAAAAGAUAUAUUUGCAAAAAAGCAUUUUAAAAAAAAAAUGAAGAGAAAUAUGGUAUAUAAAAAUGAAAACUUUAUAAAUCAAAACAACUGGUGUAAUGAAUGGAAAAGGAUAAAGCCAUGACUUGUUUUAUAAUUACUCAGAAAUAAAAUUAAUCUACUUGAAUUUACUUCAAGCCCUUUUUUUGUUUGUUUUUGUUUUCAUGUUAACUUUAGCAUCCUUUGAAGCAUAAUAAUAAUUCAAGUUUAAGAA